GUGGUGUCUCCCAGCUGUAACGAUGAGCUAGUGGUGAAGAAGGACCAGUGUCUGGUCAGAGCCUUCAGCGACUCCAAGUUCUACACAGUGGCGAGGAGACAUGUCCACACCUUCACCUCCAUCGGCUCCACCAGGUCUGAGUUCUCCAACAGGAGAGGUUUUGAAGCAGCCCAGGUCUUUCUGAGGACUAGGGAGGUCCCUGAUAUGUGGAAGAUGGACAUGAGUCAGAUCCUGGACUCGUCCUCCAGCGACGAUGAGGAUGAUGAAGAGGAGAGUGACGAAGAGGACGAAGAAGAGGAGGAGGAGGAGGAGGAGAAGAAGAAGAAGAAGAAGAAGAAACGCUUAAAGGAGGAGCCCGAGGAGGAGGAGCCUGAUCCAGAGGAGAGAGACAGCUUCCUGCAGCAGCUGUAUAAGUUCAUGGAGGACCGAGGGACUCCCAUCAACAAGCCUCCAGUGUUGGGUUAUAAAGACCUGAACCUCUUCAAGCUCUUCAGACUGGUCUAUCACCUGGGAGGCUGCCAUAAGAUUGAGUCUGGGACCGUGUGGAAGCAAGUCUACAUGGAUCUGGGGAUCCCCGUCCUGAACUCUGCUGCGUCCUACAACGUCAAGACGGCCUACAAGAAGUAUUUGUAUGGUUUUGAGGAGUACUGCCGCUCCGCCUCCAUCACCUUCAGGACCAUCCAUCACAACAACCCCCGCCCUCCCACCACACUGACUAAUCAGAAGCAGGCAGGGGCGGAGCUUAACAAGUCCUCUGUGCUGCCAGAGGAGGUGGAGCCUGUCAAAGACAGGAUGGGGGAGGCGGAGUCAGAGAGUGAGAGCGAGAAGGAGAUGAAGGAGAGAGAGUCGUCCCCGAGGGGGAGGAGGAGGUGUGUGGGGAGUCAGCUGAAGACAGACAGAGAGUCUCCCUCCAGACUGGAGAAGGGAGGAGGGGGAGGAGGAGGAGGAGGAGGAGGAGGAGCAGCAGCAGAAGAUAACAGUGAGGAGCAGAGGGAGGUGAGAAGACGCAGCAACAGAAGAAUGGACGACUCGGAUAAAGGCUCUGAGGAGGAGGAGGAGGAGGAGGAGGAGGAGGAGGAGGAGGAUGAUGAUGAUGAAGAAGAGGACGACGACGACGACGACGACGACGACGACGACGAAGAGGAGGAGAGAGAGAUGAGAGAAGGCUGUGAGGAGGAGGAGGAGGAUGGCGACUCUGUGACGGGAACGAAGGUGCGGGUGAAGUACGGCAGAGGGAAGACUCAGAAGAUCUACGAAGCUCACAUCAAGAAGACGGACUUGGACAACGGAGAACAGUUCUACUUGGUCCACUACUACGGCUGGAAUGUCAGGUACGACGAGUGGGUGAAAGCCGACCGGCUCAUCUGGCCCUUGGAGAAAGGAACCAAGAAGAAACGGAGAAAGAAGGUGAAGGUGAGCUCGGUGAGGUCAUGUGACCUGCUGCUGAGAAACCCUGUGAGGUCACUUCCUGUCAGCUGACCAGGAUUCCUCUGACGUUUCUUUUAUUCUACAAUCAACCGAAGACUCGGGACAAGUUUGUGUGUCUUGUUACCUGAUAAUUUAAAAUGAAGUGGGCCGACCCUUAAGGUGGCCCGACGACCCUUAGGGUUGUUGUUGUUGUUGUUGUUGUUGUUGUUGUUGUU